AUGAUAGAAGGACUAUAUAUUUUUUUUGCCAACGGGCAAUUAUUAAUACAACGGAAUUACCGGAGCAUGAUAAAUAAUAAUGAUUUAAAACUGUAUGUAAGUAAAUAUAUAAAAACAAAACGAUUUUAUGAACAUCCAAUAGUAGAAAUAAAUAAUGUAUUUUUUUUAAACGUAAGUAUCAAUGAAAUAGUUAUAACUGCAUUAACAAAAAAUAAUGCAAAUGUUUGUUUAAUUUUUAAUUUUAUUUAUAAAUUUAUUGAAAUAUUAAAUUAUUUUUUUGAUGAUGAAAUAUCUAGAAUAAAUAUUGUAAAUAAUUUUGUUUUAAUUUAUGAUAUAUGUGAUGAAAUAAUUGAUUAUGGAUAUCCACAAAUGUUAGAAAUCGGUGUAUUAAAAAAAUGUUUACAAAGUAAAGUAAAAUAUUAUAGUAGGACAUCACAAUAUUUUCAUAAAUUAUCAAAUGAGUUCAAAUGUGGAAAUAGCUUAAUUGAAGAUAUAAUACAUGAUAGUAAUUUGGAAAACAAAAGUGAAAAUUUGCAUAAAAAAUAUUAUAAUUUUAAUGACAAAGGGCAUAAUAGUAAUAAUAAUAAUAAAAAAAUAGAUGAUAUUAAAAAAAUGAAUAGUUAUGAAAUAAGCGAAAAAAAUAAAUUAAAAAAUAUAGGUAAAGAAGCAUUAAACAGAAUUAAAAAUAAAAUAAUAAAUAAUAUUACCAAACCAACUAAUAAUUUUAAUUAUAUGACAGGAAAUUGUGCAUGGAGAACUAAUAAUAUUUAUCAUAAAAAAAAUGAAAUUAUUAUAGAUAUAUUAGAAGUAUUAAAUGUAACUAUAAAUAAUAAUAAUUUGAUACAUGCUCAUAUAAAUGGGAAAGUUGUUUUAAAAUGCUUUUUAUCUGGUAUGCCAAUUUGUGAGUUAUCCACAAAUAAUAAAUUUAAUUUGUUAAAUGAUAAAAAUACAACAUCAAUUGGUGGAGAAAAUAAUACAAGUGCAAAAUAUAACGAAAAGAAACGAAAUAAUGAAACAAAUUAUGGUGCUAAUAAUAUAUCAGAAGAUAAAAAAAACAUAAUAAUAGACAAUUGUAUAUUUCAUCAUUGUGUUAAUUCAUCAAAAUAUAAUGAUAAUAAAAUAAUUACUUUUACACCUCCAGAUGGGGAUUUUGAAUUAAUGAGAUAUACAGUAACAAAAAAUAUUCAAAUACCCUUUCAUAUUUUAGCUAUAUAUAAUCCAGUAUUUCAAUAUUCAAAAUCUUUAGAUAAAAAUUAUUCACUAAAAAAAUCAAAAAAUCAAAAUUUAUAUGAUAAUAAUAAAACUACUAAUAAAUUUGAAUAUAAAAUUACUAUUAGAUCGAAUUAUAGUGGUUCUAUGAAUGCAACUGAUGUAGUUAUAAAAAUCCCAAUAUACAAAUUUUCUGAAAAUGUGCAUGUUGUAUAUAAAUCAAUAGGUAAAACAGAAUUUAAUAAUAUUGAAAAUGUAAUAACAUGGAAAAUUAGCAAAUUCCCAAAUUUAUGUGAACAUACUAUUAAAAUAUAUUUAACUUUAGAAAAUCAAAAUCAAAUUUAUUCGAAUAUGAAUAAUACUCAAAAAGUGGAUGGACAAUCUAAGGUUGUCUUGCAUGUUAAUACUGUUAAAAAUAUGAAUACUGUAAAAUUUUUAAAUACUUAUAAAAUGCCAAUCACAUUAAAUUUUAAAAUACCUAUGUUUACAUCAAGUGGUAUGUUUAUUCGAUAUUUAAAAGUAUAUGAAAAAUCAAAUUAUAAAAUAAUUAAAUGGAUCAAAUACCUUACUGAAUCGGGUGCAUAUCAGUACAAGUAA